AUGAUGCAAUCAAGCUUGCAUGGUAAUUACUUCUAAAGAAGGAUGCCGGAGUGCGACCGGCUCAGAAGGGCACCGUAAAAGAAAUGUAAAAUGUGGCCAUAAUGUAGUCUUUUCUAGCCACUCGAUCACCUAAACUUAUGGCAGAAGAAACACUAGAUCAUGUUGAAGUCUCUUUUCAGGGCUUCUCUGCCAUCGACCUCGCGGAAGCCCCGAGCACUGAUGGAUUCACCAUUCAUCCACGCUCGCGCUUGUUCCGAGCAUGGGACUCUAUCAGUGUGUUUCUCUGCUACCUGACAUCUAUUUUAGUAACGUACCAAGCUAGUUUCGACUCAAGUGUCCAAACUUUUAUGGCUUUGGGGUACAUGCUUGAUUUGAUAUUUCUUUCUGAUAUGGUGUCGCGGUUCUACUUGGCAUACUACGAAAAAGCAAAGCUCAUAACAGAUCGGCGGCUCAUCAGACAAGAGUAUCUUCGUGGGCCUUUUGUGUGGCAUCUACUUUCCAUUCUACCAUUGGAUGUACUGGUGUUGGCGCUUCAGAGCGAAGAAAUGAUGUGGCAUCAAGCGCUGAGCCUUUUGAGGCUGAACCGUCUGCUCAGGCUUCAUCGUCUUGUUGAGUACUUUGGCGCUCGCGAGAAGGAUAUACGUUCCAGCACAACAGUCAUUCGUUCCAUGAAAUACUCUGCAAUGGCGACACUGCUGAUCCAUUUUCUCGCAUGUGGGUGGUUUGUGCUUGCAUGUGAUAACGAAGGUGCAAAGAAUCCCAAAUGCCUCAAAGAAAGUUGGAUGAGCCUUCAAAAAGUAGAGGGACUCGCCCUGGAAACUAUUGGAUCAAAAUAUAUGACAGCACUCUAUUGGGCGACUGCAACAGCUACUUCAACAGGUUAUGGAGAUGUUUAUGCGACCAAUGAUAAGGAGAAGUGGUUCUCAGUGCUUGCUAUGUUGCUCGGGAUUUCGAUGUUCUUCGGGCUGAUGCUAGGUGGAAUGGCGUCUAUUGUCAACAAUAUGGAUAAAAUGCGGGCUCACUACAUUCAACAUCUUGCCGCUAUCAAAGCCUAUAUGGAUGAUGCCAACAUCACUGAAGACGUUCAAGAACGCGUUCUCACGUACUACGAAUACAUGUGGUCGACCUCGCAUGGAGUUAGCACUGCCGAUCUUUUCUACGAUAUGCCUUCCGUCUUUCAGGCAGAGCUCGCCAUUGACAUCAAUAAACAUUUCUUUGAGAAGGCGCAUGUGUUCAAGGAAGUAAGCGAUGCUUGUAAGCGAAUGAUUGCUAUGUGCAUCAAGCCAACCUUUUUUAUGCCGAGUCAGAUGAUUGUCAAGAAAGGCGAAACAGGGCAGAGCAUUUGCUAUAUUCACAAAGGCAAAGCUGAGAUCUACGACGAUGAUGAUAUUACACAAAGCAUUGUUUUGGAAGAAGGUUACAUCUUUGGCGAGGUUAGCUUGGUGUAUAACAUGUUACGUGCGAGUAACGUGCGCGCCCUCUCACCUUGCGUCGUCUUCAUCCUGAAUCGUGACGACAUGAACAAAGUCCUUAAACACUACCCAGAAGAUUUUGCGCAUUUGCUCCACGCGGUGGAUCACCGAUGCGAGAUCGUGGAACGAAAGAGAAAAUCCUCGUUGAUCCUCGAUCUGAACCAAGCGGAAGCGAACAAAUGGCUCAUUGGUAAAAUGGGAGCCAAAGCCGUUCACCUUGGUGACAGCUGGUGGGAACGUGUGAAGAACCGCGUGAUAUCGCCUCAUUCCCGUGGUUUUGCCAUCUGGGAGAAGAUCCACAUCUCCGUGUUGAUCCUUGUCUGUUUCUUGUACUCCUUCAUCGCGUCAUUCAGCAUUGUUUUUCAUAAACUCGGCUAUGGCGAAAGCAUCGGUACCAACCUCCUUCUCGCGUUUUCAUAUCUCUUGGAUUUUGUCCUGGUCGCCGACUUCUUGUUACGAUUCAAUCUUGCAACUGCGGUUACCAAUGAUCUCAAGGAGAUCCGUGCUAACUACAUCCGCACCAAGUUGUUCUGGCUGGAUCUUGUCGCUAUUCUCCCCAUCGAAGUAUUGGCGGUUUUUAUGCCGGCCAAACAUCUACAAUGGCAUGCCCUCUCGUUCCUCAAGCUGAAUCGCCUCCUCAAGAUCGGACGACUAAUAUCAUACUUCAACGAUCUAGAGAACAGAUUCGGCGCGAACGUGGGAAAUGUGCGCUCCAUCAAGUUUGGCUUCUACAUUCUGAUAAGCACUCACAUCUGCGCAUGUCUCUGGUUUGUGGAGUCAUGCUAUGGUAAAGGGUGUAAGCACGGCAGCUGGGCCACCGACGUGAUCCAAGUUUCGGAUCCUGUUGGUUUAUCGGAGUAUAUUGCAAGCAUGUACUGGGCGGCGGCCUCCAUGAGUUCUACUGGUUACGGCGACAUACACGCCCACGAUAACGCCAGCGAAAUGCUCUCCAUCAUCGUCAUGUUAACUGGAAUGCUGCUAUACGGCUACUUCAUGUGCAGUUUCUCUGCUACCAUUGCCCAUACUUUUGCUCCGAAGACAAAGUUUUACGAGCGCAUUCUCUCACUCCGGGAGUUUUUGGCUAAACACAACAUCGCCAACUCACUCAUUCAGCGGACUGAAGACUACCUAACUACCCUCUGGGAGAUUGGAAGGGGCGAGUCUAUCCCCGGAUCAAAGCGCCUUAUGGACGACAUGCCGUUAGUCCUACAACAAGACGUAUGUGAGCAGGAAUCCACAGAUAUUCUCAGAGAGGUCCCGCUGUUUAUAGAAUGCGACGAAAACUUCAUUAAGCAGCUGUCCCUAUGUACAACCUCCUACAUAUUCAAACCAGGUGAUUACAUCGUGUACGCUGGUGACAUGGGCCGGGAAAUGUACUGCAUCAGAAGAGGCCAAGUGAACAUCUUGAACGACGAGGAUGAAGUGGUUGGAACUCUGGGACCUGGAAGUUUCUUUGGCGAGAUCGGUCUUGUCUGUGGAGAGAGUCGUGUGUACACUGUGCAGUGCAAGACGUAUUGUCAAACCCUGAUGCUCACCAAACAUGACAUGGACAAAGUUCUUGGCGACUUUCCCCUGCUCAGAAGAGAAAUCAACGAGAGUGGUGACCGACACGUAGGAAGCAAGAUCCUCGAGCAGAGUAAACCAACGCCAUCUAAAUUAACUCAUCGCCAGUCGCUUGUGGCAUCUUACCAGGGACAAAGGUCUCGUGAUGCGUACAGGAGAAGGCUGAUGGAUGUCCAAAGUAGUAAGAAGAUCAUGACGAUCGCGGAGGAGGAUGUCGAUGGAGAUGAUACCAAGUCAACGGGUGGUGACUUUGUCGCGGAUACGUUUGACACCGAGGAGGAGUUCAAGAGACCUUACCGCAAAUUGCACAUCAUUCCACGAAUUUUCGCCUAUCUACUGAUGAGGAAGGGAAUCUCCCCAGAUCAGCUUUGGUUACAACUCUGGCAGGGCGUUACCACCACGAUUGCUGGAGUUUACGUCUCGACACUCGGUCUCCAAGCUGCUAUCCUCCACGUGGACACCACCUUCUGGGUGCUACACUACGUCUUCGAGCUUGUUUUCCUUGUAGACAUCUACAUCAAGUUCCACGUUGGUUAUUACAAUGAGAACAAAGUCUUGGUCACUCAUCCAAUCUUCACAGCAAGACGCUAUCUACGGACAAACUUUCUUCUGGAUGUCCUAUGCUGCUUUCCUACCGAGAUAUUCGUACUCGCAGUUCUUCCCAUUGACAAAGCUAUCAUGCGUGUGCUAGCCUUCGCUCGCCUUAACCGAUGCCUCCACUUCUACCGCUUGGUCCAGUUCUUUAGCUACAUGGAAGAGCCUCUGGGAAGUCGAGCCAACUUCUACAGGCAGUUAAAGUUUGUGAUCUACAUGUCAAUCUUCACGCAUUACAUGGCCUGCGGGUGGUUUAUCCUUGCUUGUGACGGGCAAAUAGAUGGCAGCCAUAUUUGCAGAGAGGGAUUCUGGGCUAUGAGCUCCAGCCAUUCGCUCAAAAAAGGCGAUCCUGUGUUUAAGAAGUAUCUUCUCAGCUUCUACUGGGCUGCGGCCACUUGUGCGUCUGUUGGGUAUGGAGACAUCCGCUCAUACCAGGUGUCAGAGAUGGCAUACUCGUUUGUGUUCAUGAUUUUCGGCAUCGUGUUCUACGGGUACAUCGUGGCUAGUGUAGCCGCUGGUCUGGCUAACGCAGAUGCACAGAGAGCUCGCUUCCAGGAGAGACUGACUACAAUUGGGCACUUCUUAGACGAAGAAAAAGUUCCAAAGGAUGUUGCUGAACGCAUCACACGACACUAUGCUUACAUGUGGGAAAGGAAUCGAGGCGUUGACGAGAGCUCACUUUUCCAAGGCAUACCACUCGCGAUGCACGCCGAUAUUACGUCAUCGCUGUACCAUGAAGUAAUCGAAAAGGUGCCGCUAUUCAAAGGCAAGGAGCAUGGUUUCCUCAAGUUGCUGUCGAUGUACAUGCGACCUAUUUACUUCUUAGCCAAAGAGUACAUUGUGCGUCAGGGCGAGAUCGGCCACGAGAUGUACUUUAUUCAGAAGGGUGAUGUGGAAGUUCUUGACAGAGAUGGUAACGCGCUAGCGGUCCUAGGCCCGGGAAGCUUUUUUGGUGAAGUCAGCGUAUUGUUCAACACUCCGCGCACCACUAGUAUCAGAACCCGGACGAACUGUGACGUGUACUUGCUAAUGAAGGAAGACAUGACGGGCGUGUUAUCCCACUAUCCGGAGAUCAAGGAGGAGAUGAUUCGCAUUGCUGAGGAGAACGAGCUGAGGAUUCAGGAACGCGUAGCUGAAAUUGACAAAAAUGAACCGGCGGCUGAAGCCGUUGGGGAUGAUGACGUCAUCGUUGAUGUCGAGGUUGAGGAGCAAGGCCCCAGUCCACCUAACUUUUGCACGUCCAUCUUGAACUUCCUGUGGAAGAAGCUUAGCGAGUUCGUGAUCGAACCGGAGAGCAAGUUGCACUUCAUCAGAUUCCUCAACUGCGCCCUCAUUUUUCUGACCAGUAUCACCAUAACGUUCUGUGUUGCCUUCCAAGAGCACGGCAUCUACUUCUUCUUCUUCCAAUACUUUUGUGAAUUGUCUUUCUACGUUGAGAUAUUCUUCAGGUUUAAUAUGGCUUACCGUCUGCCUACUGGUGAACUUGAGACUGACCAGCGCCGCAUUGCAAUACAUUACGUGAAAAGUGGCUUCGUCUUUGACUUGGUGGCUUCCUUCCCAUUCGAGAUCUUCGCCCUUGCAGCACCCGGCCGGAACAUGCUCGAAGUGAUGUCCUACUUGAGGUUGACCCAUCUCCUCCGAAUCCGUCGCCUCUCGCAGUUCUUCGAGGAAUACGGCUACAAACUUAACAUCAACGUAUUCUACGUGCGCAUGACUAAAUUCGUCUUGUACGUGAUUCUGACUGUUCACAUGUUCGCGUGUGGUUGGUACUUCAUGGACUGCCCCGGCAAUUGGUGCGACCCUAAAGAACGUUAUUGGCUUGACGAUCACGGGCUUCGAGGCAAAGCGGGCCUGACAAUCUACAUUUCAUGUCUGUAUUGGGUCGUAACGUCCGUUACCACCACUGGCUAUGGAGACAUCCACGCUGACAACAACAACGAAAUGAUGUACGCGACCUUUGUGAUGAUCGGCGGGAAGCUGCUGUUCGGUUUUAUCCUCGGUAACAUCGCCUCCACACUAUCUAACUUGGAGAUGAAACAGAUUGCCUAUGUGCAGAAACUCCAAUCGAUCACGAGCUACCUUACAAAGGAGAAUACAUGCCAAGUGCUGAGAGAUCGAGUCCUGAAUUUCUACGAAUUUCUCUGGAUGAAGCAUAAGGGUACAGAUUUAAACAAUCUCUUCUUUGAUCUUCCUCUGUGUCUCCAUGGCGAUCUUUCCAUGGUUUUAGUUGGUGAUAUCCUUAAGAAGGUGCCAGUUUUUAGGGAAUGCAGCGAUGCGUUUAUUCGCCUCUUGAGUGUCAAGGCGCGACCAAAGAACUAUCGCGCCACAGACUACAUUUUGCACAAGGGAGACAUCGGACAACAGCUUAUCAUCAUCAAGAGAGGAACGGCGGAAGUAAUCACUGGUGAAGACCCGGAAGUGAUUCUACCUCUAGAAGAGAUGUCCUUUUAUGGAGAUCGUUACCUACUAGCCCCAGGCCCUCACCUGGAAACUCUGCGUGCUGUUACUAACGUGGAUGUGUUUAUCCUGGAGAGAAGCGACUUGGACGAGAUUUUGUUGUUUGACAAAGCCACAGAACAGCGUGUCCGAGAAGCAGGAGAACGCUGCCUACUAGAGCGAAAAGAAUCUGAGAAAAACCUCUAAUCCUAAAUCCUUAUACCUAGUAUAUUUAUCUGAUGUCAAUACUAUAUCUGUCUUGAUUUUUUUUUAUGUUAUUUUACAGUUUACAGAGACAAUCAGCAAUCUUUUUUAUUCUAUAGGAAAACAGUCUUUAUAAUGAUUUUAAUUGUUGACGCUUUUAUACACCCUGUUCAACACUCAAACAUAAGUCAGGAAAUCCACCGGAAUAAAUUCGAAUUGUGUCAAAAA